UUAAUACAACUGCUUGCUUUUUCUAAUCCCUGCCCCUCCCUGAGUUUUGGCUGUGGGCUGAGCCAAAGGACAGGUUCUGAUGUCAGGGACAAAAGCUCUCAAAUAACUGUCUUUUCGAAAGAGCAACAGAGAGUACACGGCCAAGUCCUGGAUGGUAAAACUGCCGUGCAGCCACCGAACAGCAAAGGCUUUUGUUUCCUUUGCUCUGCCUCCUCCUGGCUGAGAACUUGCAGUAGUUGUCCUAAAGCUUUCCCUAGACUAUGAACGAUAAGAAAUCUGUGCCUGGAAGGAUUACCUUUCUGGAGCAGGAAAACAAAGAGGCAACCCUUUCCGGAGCUGCAAACUCCAGAAGACAAAAAGAGAUAUCAGGUGGCUUCAAGGAGUGACUGGUGAAUGGUUUGAAGAAAUCCAAAGAAAAAAGUUUUGCAAUGAAACAGACAUUAGCCAAAUGUUAAAACAGCCACUUACAUACAGGCUAAGGAAGGGGAUGGCAAAAAAUGGUCCUAUGGAAUCACAAACAUCAAGAUAUAAAAAUCCACCUAAUCAAAAAAACCCAAUAUCCAUUCCUUCUCGGCUGAGCUUCAGAUCGUCAUUUGCUUCCCUGUUCUCGUUCAGAAAAUCUGGAAAGGAAACCUUAAAGCUUCAGUCAUCGGGACAGAAAGGAUGUGAAGGCCUUGCGGGACCUCCUGUGUCUGUGAGGGGAGCUGCCUCACAAGCAAAAAUAUACAGUUCACCCCUGAAAACUCAACCAGUUGGCAGCACCUUUGUCCCUGAGCCAGCAGUCAUGAGGGCGGGAAGCAGCAUGCCUCCGUGGGAUGCUUCACUGCUAGAAAAUGAGUUUUUCCGUGUUUUAGAUGAUUUGGACAGCAAACUGGCUCAGGAACAGUCUCCAGACUCAGUGAAUACCAAGACACCCCUCAACUAUGGAUCAAGAACCCAGUUCAGUCAUUUUUACUCCGGUGGGAACAGGCACAGUAAUAUCCCAGAAAGGCACAAAAAUCACUAUAAUGAAACUUCUAAUAUGUCUAUCUAUGAUAUCCUAAGACCAGGAACCCCUAGGGAAGGCUUUAAAACCUUUUCUCCUAGAACAAGGACAAUUUAUGAUAUGUACAGGACAAGGGAGCCCAGAGUCUUAAAAGAAGAUUAUUUACAAAAUAAUACUUUUGGUAGUACUUCUCUGUGUUUUGAUAACAGGCAACGAUCAGCUUCACCAGCCACAGGGCAUUUCACAGCAAGAAGCUUACAUAUCCCAGCCAUAACUCAGAACAGAAAUGGGUUUAUACCACAGAGCCACCGGCAGAGCCCAAAGAGAACUCCUUUAUCAUCCAUCGUAUGGAAUAGAUCAGAUUCUUUUAGAGAUGGGCAGAACCAGGAAGAGUUCCUGAGGUUACCAUCACCAAUGGAAAUUGACCCUGCUGAUCAGUGUAUGCAUCCUAGAUGUUUUCAGGAGAAUAGGAGAUAUGAAUUUUACCAUUCACAGAAUGUUUACCAAAGUGUUAGUUUAAAUGCCCCUGUGGACAAUGCAAUGAAUCCAGACCCAUUUGAGAACACAGAGAAUAUGCCAUUCCACCAUCAAGACAAUCCAUUUGCUAGGUCUUUCUUUAGCAACACCUUUGGACGUAGCAGAGAUCGGAGAUUUGGACAAAGUCCUUCUUGGGGUCAACAAGAAGAAUAUUUUUCCUGGUCUGACUUUCAUCGAAACAAUAAACCAUUUGUUUCUUCUGACAGAGACUUUGAAAUGAUUUCCACUGAAGCAAAUAGUGCAUCAGCUGUUCAUGGCCACUGUGUCCCUUCUCAAUACUGGAGAUCGUUUUCUCCUUGUUAUGGACCAAAUGUUCCCAGAGACCAAGAUGAGCCAUGUCCCUGGCAGUUUGAUUUUCAGAGAAACACAUUGGAAAGAAUGGAAGUGUCUCAAGGCAAUGGGAGCCAGUCAGCUCCCCAUGUCAGCACAUCAAAUGUUUGUCCUGUGACUGGUUCAAGCUAUCACAUAAAACCUGGUGGGUUAGAAUAUCAACAGGAUAAUUCUCCUAUAGAGGUAUAUUUAAAUGAAGAUGCUUACUCUUUUGGAAUUACUCAGGCCCAAGCAUCCUCAUUUGAAAGUUCCUUUCCCCGGAUUCCUGAUAAGAAAGGGAAUCCUCACAGUUCCAACGUUCAGAAUCCCACAGUCACUUUGCAGAAAACUAUUCCCAGUAAGCCUGAUUGUGUUACAAUAGAAAGCCAUAUAGAAGUUAUUGCUACCAACAGUGAGUCAAAUGAUUUUCCACCUCUUACUGAAAGCCAGCCCAAUGUCUUGGUUACAAACGUGAAUAAUGAGAAAGACUUGAAUGAAUCUAUUUCGGAAAAAGGCAAACAACUGAACAAGAUGAACCAGACAAACAUGACAGGUGAAAUACCACAACCUGUUUCACAGGUAGUGAUCUCUAACCCCUUACCUGAUUUGCAAACUCCCCAUUCCCAGGACCCAGACAAGAACAAAACAAUUUUUAAUGCAUCUACCACAGUAAGUUCAAAAAGGUCACGCAGAAUCUUUUCUAGGAAAGACACCUCCAAAAUUUCUAUAUCACACAGGGAUAAAGUCAAUGAACUUAAAAAACAAGAGAGUUUUACUGGGAAUAGAGAACUUGGCUCAGCCAUGUCCCUUCCUUUCAUUCAAGAAAGCAGAACAUCACCAUCUUUUCCCAGCUCAAUUCAAAGUUGUCACCAGGAAUUAACAGUAAAUAAUGGAGAUAUUUCAAGCAUCAUUAAAGAUAAUCACUGGAGCUCUGAACCUACUAAUAUUCAAAAUCCUCAGUCUCUAGAAAAACCUGUCAUUUUAGAUACUGAGGGGAAACAGUGUACCACAACUCAUUCUACCACCUGCAGAAGAUCUACAGACAGCCACAGUGUCUCAUGUAAUUCUUUAGGUCUGCCAUCAGAUGCACCACAAAAUUCCUCACCAUCAAAUACUUCUUUCCUUGAUGCUCUAGUGAUUCCUUCUAGUACAGUAAUCUCCAGAAGACCUUCAGAAGAAGAUCCAUCUCUGGGAGAAAGGGAAGAAAACAACAAUGCUGGUAAGAACCAAAAUAAUCAGUUUGCCAUAAGCCCCUCAGAAAUCCAAAAGAGUAAUGAUGGUCAUGUGCCCAUAUAUAAUGAAGUGGGUGAUAUUUUCACAUGCCAUUCAAGCCAUCCUUUCAGGGAUAGAAAGGGAAAAGGAAAAAUCAGACGUCGCAUAUCCUGUAUUGAAAAAUUAAGCAAAAUAGAAAGUAGAUCAACACCCACGAGUGAUAACAGUACCCUUGAUGAAGUGAAUCAAGGCGAUUCUGAGGUUCCUGACCGUCACGUGAUUUAUUGUACCUUACCAAGAAAAUCAUCCAGUUUUCUCAUCAAUAACAAGGAAUCAGAAAGUAAAAUAAAGGCCACUUCAUUUAGGAAUGUUCCAUAUCCAUUCCAAAUAAAAAUUAGUAUGGAAGAGCCAACAAAGAAGGACACAUCAAACAAAUUCAAUUCUACUUCUCCUGAAUUCUCCAAAGUAGCUUCAGACUCAGUCCCAAUAGCACCUGCAGCUGCAGAGAAGAUAACAAAUAUGAAAAGCUUUGGAUCUGCUUCUGUUAGGAAAGGAUCACUCCCAUUCCUUAUUAAAAGGGCUGUGUCAUGUCCUUCAGGGGAGACAUAUUCCUUGGCUGGAAGAAAUGAAAGAAAAAAAUGCUCAGUUUCAAACUUGGAUGCUUCUGUGACACCAAGGCCUUGGGAUAGAAUCAUUUACCCUAUGGAAAGUGACUCAUCUGUUAGGGAUUGUUCUUUUACCAAAAUCUACCACCAAAAGGAAUACUCUGAAGACUGCACUGAAAAUGAUAGUAAAAUUGCUGCCUUUGGGACAGGUGUAUUUCCCCUGUCAAAUGAGCACCCCUUUUCUUCAGACAUGUCAGGAAAAACAUUGCAUAAAUAUAAGACAACUAGCACGUUUUCUGUUUCUGGUGAUGAAGAUAAUGUAAAAUGUCUUGAGGUGGUUUCAAUAUAUUACACUCUACCAAGAAAGCCCAGCAAAAAAUUCUGUGAUCUCCUUCAAAAGUAUACACAAAAUACUGAUUCACUUGCAGCGUCACCUAAAGUGGAGACUGAAAUAUUUUCUAAUGCUUUAGAAAAAGACAAACUAAAUUGUUCUACACAAGGGCUGUCAGAAAGACCUCCGCCUGAAGAUCUAAACAUACCAGCUCACUCUGCUCAGGAGAACAACCAUCACCUUUCUCAGACCAUUGAAAAUAACACUGUUUUACUAUUACCAAAUAGUGGGCCCUUAGAGCUACCAUUACAGGAAAUGGCUUCUGUUGAAGCAGAUGUUUCUCUUUAUAAAGGAGAAUCUAAAUCAAGAGAGAUUUUUCCGGAUAACUUUGCUAAAGCAACUCAAGGUGACUCAUUAAGCAGGAAAGAGAGAGGGGAAAAAAUGCUAUGUGAAACCCUGAACACUUCAUCAGUGCUUCUGGAAAAAAAAGUUGAAGAGGGAAAAUCUGAAAAUUGUCAGCAAUCCAUUAAAUCAGGUAAUGAUGGUCCCUCUAGUCUCCCAACUCAUUCAGAAGAUAAUGCUGAAAAUCCUCAAGCAGUAAGAUGUUCUGGCAAAAGUGUAGGUAGUGGUACAGACAUUACAUCUGCUGGGAACAGCAAUUGCCCUCAAAAAGAUGCCAUCACAAAAAGAAACUCAAUUCUUGAAACCAAAGCUGUAGAUGAUAGCUCCAGUGGGUCACAGUGUAGGGAAGUCAGAGGGAGAACUGGAACAGAUUGCCAAAAAAUGACUAAUAAAGCACUUUCUGACUCAGAAAGCCAAGUCUUUGCUCUGAUCUCCACUUUUCAUAAACUACAGCUCGAUGAGGAGUCUUGUUCAGGUAAACCAGAUUUAGAGAGUUUGCAGCCUGAACCCAAAGAAAUACCUCCAAAAGGUCUGGAGGUAAAUGUGACCCAAAGCAGGAAGGCUAAAGAUGAAAUGUAUAGGUUGACAAAGGAUCAAACUUCACUCCCUGAAGGAAGUAAUGAAAAUAAAACCAGCCUCAAUGACCUAGAGAAAGGAAAAAAAAGAUCUUCAGUUAAACACAAAUUGGCAGCCAUGUCGAAAGCAAGCAGAAAAUUCCCAGCUAAAGAUUUAAGCCCCAGAAGACAUGUAGCUACUAUUUUCCAAAAAGAUGGGAGCAUAUCUGGCAUGGACAGUUUAUCUCUUGGCACACCAGAGAGCAACGCACUGUCCCCUGAUCCCUCUCCAACACCUGCAGAGUCCACAGAGGGAAGCAGAAGGUUGAGUAACGAUGCAGCAGAUGCGGAGAAUUCUGAUACCACUCUCCGGCUUACAGUAAUAUCCAACAGAGAAUCUUCUGCACCAUUAAGUGAUCAGAAUUCUGUCAGCAUUUCACAACCACACUGGAAUGAAUUUAAAAACAUCUCAGAGUCAACACCAAAGAAUGAGAACUCUAAAGAUGUAACAGUUGCUCAUACCUUAGAAAGAGAGUCAGGAGCCCCAGCCCAGCCCACAUUCACCAACCUCGGGGAUGCUGACGUCUCUGACAGUCACAGGAGGCUGAGCCCUCCUUUUCCUUUGGAGCCUGCAUGGAAAUCUCUCACAAUAAGCAUCCCACUGGCUGGUUGUCAGCAGCAACAAAAGAGUGCUUCCUCUCCAGAGUGGGAGCCUGAGCCACAUUUCUAUCGCUCAAAGAGUUUAAAAAGCAUGAAUGCACAUGGUGAUCCGCUACGCAAAAGUCAUCCUCCAAAAAUCAGGGAGCGCCAUUUUUCUGAAAGUACUUCUAUUGAUGAGGCCCUGAGUCGACUGACUCUUGGGAAUGAAUUUUCUAUUAAUAAUGGAUACAGUCAAAGAUUCAGAUCUUUUUCUGAACUUCCCUCCCGUGAUGAAAAGGAAAGUUCGGCUUUGUAUAGCGACAGGACUAAAACAGGCCCCAAGUCUGCAACAUCUAUAUCUAGACCUAUUGACUAUGGGAUUUUUGGGAAAGAACAACAGUUGGCUUUCUUGGAGAAUGUAAAGCGUUCACUCACACAAGGAAGACUAUGGAAACCAACUUUUCUUAAAAACCCUGGCUUUCUGAGAGAUGGUGUAAUUAACUCUCCCAACACAUCAGAGUCCUUAAGCUCAAAUCCUCCUAGUAGAAUGCCACAAGAUGACUUAUCUCCAAGUGAAACACUUAAAAUAUAUGAGGAGGACCCAGUGGACUCAGAUUGUGGCUCAGACACAACUACAGAUGAUGAGUACUACCUGGAUGAAAAUGAUAAGGAGUCAGAACUGUGAAUCUUUUUCAAUAAAAUAUAUGACCUUCUCACCAAACGUUUGUAUAUAGAGAAAGUUUAAAUGUGUGUGUCCAUGGGAAGGACAGAUGUAAAAGAUGUACUUUGGGCAGUGUCUGCUCUGAAACAACCCAAAUUCGCCGUUUUUCCCCUACACAUCCUGUGUAUGCACUUACUGAAUUCCAGCACAAUGAAUGCUUGUUUUGAUGUACUCUCUGUUAUUUCCUCCCCCAUGUAUGUUCCUUGACCUUCCUUUAUUUUCCCCCAAAUUAGUCUCUACUGCUCUGUCCAAAUUUGGCUUUCUGCUUUAUUUUCCUCCUAAUGUUUUUACACCUUUCUUUUUGAUUUGCAAUACAAAUAUUCUGGCACAUACAAAACAUUGAUUAUCCAGCACAACUGCAGAACUCUGUAUUGUCUUUUCCUGUCAAAGCCCUAAACUCAUGGCAUUAAGUAAAAUGGUAGGGAUGAUGAUACUGGAGCAAGUAUUAUGAUCCUCUUUGAACUGUCAACGUUUAGGAAGUUUAGGGUCCCCCCACCACCACCUUCAAACAAAAGGGAGGGAAUUUUCAUUGAGGACAUCCUGUUAUAACCAUAGUAAAUCCAGGAAUGCACAUGUUUGAAGUGUAUGUUGAGGUUAUGGCUGAGGAGCUGAAUUCCCUGUUUGGCCACUAGAACGUCACUGCUCCUAGAAAUUCCCCUGAAGUAGUUUGUGGGGAUGGCUGAAUUGUUAAGGGCUGACUUUCAAUCAAGCUAAGGAUUUAGACCAGACAACCCCAUGGUCCAGAUGGUACCUUAGCCACAGGAUUCCUGGAAACAGGAAACAGAACAGGAUUUCAGGAAACAGAACCGAGUGACAGAAAUAAAGAUGAGUCAGAUGAAACUGACAGCUUCACUACAGCUCUCUCAGCAACUGGUUUUCCCCAUUAUCCCAGAACUAUUCCAUUUUCCCGUUUUCAAGAUGGAACCCUUUUUUCCAGAUGGGGCAUUUUAGUCACAAUUAUCAAGUGGAAGCCUUGGCCAAGUCCCUGAAAUCCUGCCAACUCACACCAUUCUGGGAUUGGUAGGCUUCUCUACAGGAUCGCUUAUCAAACCCUUGGGACGUUCCAAGGCAGAGCUCCUCAGGGCCUGCUACUGUAAUUUUUUCAAUAAUUUAUCUAGACUAAAUAGCUUCUGAUAACCGCUGAUAAUUUGGCCUUCCUAAUUCUUUAUUUUGCCAUGCAGAACUUUUGAGGAUUUCUCUCCUCCUACUUCAGGGUAGAGAUGAAUAGACGGUGGUGAAGAUAAUUUGCUAGAAUUAUAUAAAGCAUCUCAUCUCAAUCUCAAACCAUGAGAGGCAAUAUGAGUGAGUUUCACCUCAUUCAGUUUAUAUUUACUUUCUGACCUAAUUUUAUUUUCCAUUUCUCUCACCUAGCCUGUUUCAUCUAUAUAAAUUAAAGAUAAUAAUAGGUGUUGGUGAAGUAUAUAGAGAUCUUGAUCUGAUAGGAAUGGGAGAAAGCAUUAUAUUAUUAUUAUCCUCCAAGUCUUUGCCUGGCUUGGAAGUAAAAUGCCAGGGCUAGUUUACACCAUUCCCAUGAAACUCAAAAUCAAUUAAAAUGUAGUAAUUAACAUGAAAGCUAUUGCUUAAAUCUGUAAAUCUUUUUAAAGUUCAGGCACUGAACAAUCUGGAGCUCAACUGCCCUGAAUUUUUCGAUUCAAAUUUGUAUGGUAAAGAAUAACAUUUUUCUUUGUCUUAUGUAUGUUUGUGAAUUCCACCCUUUCCUCUUUUUCUAUUUAUCUGAUUUAAGUACAUUUUUUAUAAAGCAUAAUCUCUAUUCUCUAUGUAAUUUUAAGGUAUUCAGAGUUAACAUUUUAAUAUUAAGAUGCUUGGGUUGUUUAGUGAUGAGCUUACAAGUUCUAUUUGGGUGAAUAUUCUGGGUCUACAUGUAUUCAAUGCAAGUUGAGAUAAGUUAGUUUAUUUUUCAGUGAGUUAGGUUAUAUCAACAGGUAGAUAAGUUAAGGUGAAGCUCAACAACUGCUUUGGGGUCUGGAUUCUCUGUACUGGAAUCUGUUGUCUGAAUUCCAAGGUAGUUGAUAGCCAAUACUCAGUUGCACUGUUUGUGAUGUUUACUUGUUGGUCUGGUUCAAGAACCAAGAAAACAGAAAAAUCAAGAAAAUAGUACCUUCUCCAGUUUUAUAUUUUUAUAAAGCACUUCGUUAAAGAAGUACAGCAAAUUUCUAUGUAUUUUAACAUACAGACUGCUACUUUUUAAUGUACAUUUUACUAUAGUUAUGGUAAUUUAUAAUAAUCAUUUUUAUAUUCAUGAAUUGUUUCCUAAAAUAUAUAAUCAUUAUUAAAAUAAAUAUCCAUGUAAAUGGAGUAAAUCAUGAGAGAAUCAAUACUAAGAAGUAUCUUAUAAAAUUACUAGUUUAGAUGAUGGACUUCUAGAAACAUAAAUUUUACACUGUGAAGUUCAUUUAAGAUAGGGUUUAAUGAGAUUUAUUUUCCAUUUUAUAGACUUCCCUCUAAAUAAUUUAUUCUUACAUUGCAAAUAUAUUAGUGUUACUAAAACUCCAACUGUUACUAAUACGCUUUUGGUUCUGAUAACCUAAUAAAAAUGUAACUUCUUUAUGUAAGAGAUAAAUGUGUGUCUGUACUGGAGGUAGUGGAAGAAAGACCACUUUGGUUACGAUGAAGAUGGAAUCAAAUUGGAAAAUUCCUGUCUCCAUGAAAGUGAUAUUCUCUGUUGAAUGCCACAGGGAUAAAGAGGUAUUAUUGCUAAUAAUAGUAAUAUGCUUCAGAAUGUCUCAUUAACUGUACAGUAUAAAUAUGUAAAGAUUUUACUUUCCAAGCAACUUUGUGAAUGUAUUGCUCUUUGUGACUGGCAGUUCUGUAUUUCUGAAACAAAUAAGCCUUAUGCACUUUCUUUAAAACUUUGUCAAAUGGUCCUUUUAUGUAAUUGUUCUCAAACCUGUUCUCUAGGUAUGGAUGUGUUACAAAACAAGGUGCAAUUUAAAACAAUGCUUGUGUUGAAAUAAAUGAUCUAAACAUAUACACUGUUUUAUUUGGCUUUUAUUGCCAUCCUCAAAGGAUUAGUUUCAAGUGUGAAACAUUCAGGAAAAUUACCUCUGAAAUGGGCAAAAGUAUCCAAAUAAAUCUUUCUGGUGGCUAUUUAAUAAGAUCAGCCAUAUGAGUGGUUACAAAAAACAGUAUAUCUACCUUCCUUUGUAUCAAAAAGCAACUGAUCAACAUCAGGAAAUCAGUGUAUUGUGUCGGAUAACAGAGGAAGAAUGAAGGGAUUUCUCUCUGGAGAUUCUCACAUUUUUAAGGAAGAGGGAGCUACUUGGACUUCAGGGUUAUCCAUUGCCCAGUAGAACUGAUGAAAGAUACUCAGGUCUUUCUAGUUGGAAUGUAAGGCAUUCAAUGAAUGUUAAUUCCUGCUUAAAAAAAAAAAAAAUUGUACUAAUCUUUUAUCUUUUCUAGAAAAGCAAUGCAAAACCCUUUCUCUACCAAAGACAGGUCAGUGUCAUCAUAUUGAAAUGGAUAGCAUUUCAUUCAAAAUAUUUUAACUAUCCUUUAUUAAAAUUUAAAGUGCAUUGUAUCAGCCAGCAUUUUUAGUUGUAAACAAUAGAAUCCUCUCUAGCUAAUUCAAAUGGAAAAGGAUUUAUUCAAGUUGUUAUGAAUUGAAUCAUGUCCCCCGCAAAGACAUGUUCAAGUCCUAACUCCCUGUCCUGACGAUGUGAACCCAUUGUAUAAACAGGCUUUCUGAAGAGGCGGGGCAAGAUGGCGGCAUAGA